CCGCACUCGAAAGCGACGGCGACUCUGUCCCUCAGCUGCUGAAGUGAAUACACUGAGGCAAGGCAUUGUGCUGCGGCAUAUUUGCGGCGUUGUAGCUGUGGCAUUUCGUUAACUUCAGAGGUAUAGGCUGAAGAACGAAAGUCUGGCUUUUUUGCCUCUCAUUCCUCUUAACAUUCCAACUAGAUCAGCAAUAUUGCUGCUUCUAUUAGUAAUUCGCUCCAUUCGCAAGUGGAUUCUGCCCUUGUCGCCUGAUCAUCAGGGAGGUUAGGUAAAGCAGCGACUAAUGGCGUGCAACACAUGGAUUCUGGGAGCCUUCGUCUUCACCGUCCUUCUGUGCGCAACGGAGGGCGGCAGUCACGUUGAAAGGCAGACUACCGAAGGUCGGGUCCAUGGAAGAAUUGUACGCAGCCUUGGAAGGAGUGUGGAGGAGUUCCGCGGCAUUCCCUACGCCGAGCCUCCCGUGGGCAAGCUCAGGUUCCGCCCUCCGCAGCCGAAGAAACCAUGGGAAGGAACGUUAGACGCCACAUCUGGAUCUACUGGAUGCCCUCAGGUAACCAUAAGAGGCGUCAACAUGCAAGGCGUUACCAACACAGAGGACUGCCUUUAUCUCAACGUGUGGGUUCCCGAGAAUGCGAGUAAUGCGGAUUCAAGUCGACCGGUGUUGGUGUGGAUCCACGGAGGGGGUUUUAGUUACGGCAGCGCCAAUCAGGCGCUCUACAGUGCAGUGGUGUUGACUGCGCUUACGGAUGUGCUCGUCGUCUCCAUUAACUACCGCCUAGGCAUCCUUGGCUUCUUGAACGCCUACUCUCCAGAGGCACCGGGGAACGUCGGGCUCUUAGACCAGGUCAUGGCGCUCAAGUGGGUCAAGCGUAACAUCGAGUUUUUCGGUGGCGAUCCGCAACGAGUCACAAUAUUCGGUCAGAGUGCGGGAUCGAUGAGCGUGCAUGCGCACAUCAUGUCGCCAAUGAGCCAGGGCCUCUUCAAGAGAGCGGUCUUGAUGAGUGGCGUUAUGUACGGCAUCGACAUGUGGGACACGGUGCAAGAGAGCGUGGCCAAAGGAGACAGGGUCGCUAGCAUGGCAGGCUGCUUGAAUGGAAGAAACAUUUCUUCCGACCCAGAAGGGGUCAUAGAUUGCCUCCGCAACAAGUCUGCGGAGGAGCUCGUCGUCGCGGCUGCCGAGAGCGUAUCCCCAAAAAUGAUUCCUUUUUUUCCCACAUAUCACGAUGCUUUCAUUCCGAGGGAUCCAAUGGUGGCUAUCAAACGGGGUUUCUUUUCACCUGUCGAGGUCAUGGCAGGUGUCACAUUAGAUGAGGCAGCUCUAUUACUACGGUCCCCAGCGGUGCCAGACCUUGUAGCCGAAGAUCUUGUUUCAUUGUCUCCUACUGAACUCACCGAUUCUCUUCAAGCUCGUUUGUCACGUAUAUGGAAACAGGACACACCAGACGUGCUGAGGAUGUAUACUGAGGAUGCGCCGCAAGGAGACAACAAUGCUCUGAGGAGACAAUACAUUGAUUUUACGUCGGACAGAGUGUUUAACUGUCCGCUACGAUUUUUUGCCGAGAAGCACAGCGAUAGGGGUGGAAAAGUAUUUGCGUAUCUCUUCGCACAGAAGUCGCCGAUGGAAUCGCUGCCCGAUUGGAUGGGGCCGCCCCAUUCUUCCGACCUCUCCUUCGUGUUCGGUGAGCGGUACGCAGCAGAGCCAGCAUCACGGGACGGCCGCAUGAGCGAAAUCUUCAUGCGGAUGGUGGCCACCUUCUCCGAAAAUGGUUUUCCUAAACUUCCGGGCAAUCAGGAAUGGACGCCGUACACCAGAAGCUCGCCCGUCAUGUUGGUGAUGGAUGAAGGUCAACUCAAUGAGACGCAAGAAUUCCGUGCCAGUCACUGCGAAAGAUGGAGGCCACUUUUCUGAAUAUAGUUUACACCGAUGUUCCUUAAAAGGAAUUGCCACUGCUUAUGAAUUACUUACUGGAAUGAGAAAGGUGCAAUAGUGUGCACGUAAUUUUUUAUUAUAUUGUUAUAACAACAAAUAGUUAACAAAUGUAGCGCCGAGAGUAGCGAACAUUAGUCCGCGUGAGUUAACAACAGGCAACCUCACUUAACAGCUAGCCACUGUUAUUUUGUGCUAGUAAUACGCAUGCAAAUUCUGCAUGUUUCGCAUGAAAUAUAAUUCCUUUAAAAUAAAUAUCCUGGAACUUGAAGGAAAAGUGGCGCUAUAGAAUAAAACGGGAGGUGGUAAACACCGCCGUGCUGAACAAAAAUAUAUAAUGCGUUUUCACGUCACCACGUACUUACGAUAUAUAAGUACUAAAAGUGAUAUACAAGUCACCGUAAACGGUGCUGUGUCACAUCUCAAGUACGUAGAAGACAUAUUGGCGUAAAAACGUAAGAAAGCUUCGCCCUUAUAAAGCGCUGUGUUGGUCUCUUUGUGUCUUCAGUCAUUCAUAAUGCUAUCUAUUUCUUCAAAUUUAGCAUUUAGGUAACUACCUUGUUUCUACACGCCAACAGAUACUGUUACAAUGUGCAAUUUGCCGCGAUUAAAGUUUUAUGAUACAUUGUAUGUCCUGAUUUGCAUCACCAGACAUUGCUUCCAUCUUAUUGCUAGCAAAAUGGUUUUGCGAAUGGUGACAGCACAACAGCUGCAUUAAACCGCGAUUUUCUUGUCAAUAAAAGCGUCCCACAAUAC